AUGUUCAGUAAAUUCCUUUUGCUUGGUUACCUGACCAUCUUCUCGCACGCCAUUCAACUGCAAGCUGUGGGAGAAGAAGUCGCUCGGCCGAACUUCGUCUUCAUCAUUGCGGAUGACUGUACGUUUCGGGACAUCGGGUGCUAUGGCGGUCAGGCGAAGACACCUCACAUCGAUAAGUUGGCAACCGAGGGGAUGCAGUUCACUCGCUGCUUUCAGACAGCACCGAUGUGUUCACCGACGCGGCAUAACAUCUACACCGGUCAGUAUCCGGUCAAAACUGGGGCCUAUCCAAACCACACACAGACCUAUCGGCAUGUGAAGAAUAUUACCCACUAUCUGCCUGAGUUGGGGUACCGGGUUGCUCUCUCCGGGAAAACUCAUAUUGGCCCCAGAGAUCUGUUCCAGUUUGAGUACAGUACAGACAAGAACAAUCCUGACUUGAAAGCCAUUAAUGAACUCUUCGCCAGUUGUGCAGAUGGCAAAACACCCUUCUGCCUGUUUGCCUGCUCGAAUGAACCGCAUUCACCCUGGAACAAGGGCGAUGCCUCUGUCUAUCCCCCAAGUGAAGUUCAGCUACCACCGUAUCUGGCAGACACUCCAGUCGUACGUGAAGCCUUCAGCCGCUACCUGGCCGAAAUUUCGUACUACGACCAACAGGUGGGUGAUAUCUUGAAAUUACUCGAUGAACAUGAGCUACGCGAGAACACGCUGGUGAUGGUCGUCUCUGAACAGGGGAACUCGUUCCCCUUUGCGAAAUGGACCUGUUACGACAGUGGUUUGCAGUCAGCAAUGAUUGUCCGCUGGCCCGGCAAAGUGAAGGCAGGAGCAGUCACGAACGCAAUGGUCGAUUACACCGAUGUGACUCCCACCUUUGUGGCAGCAGCCGGUGGAGAGAUCGCCAAAGAGGUCGAAGGAGAGAGUCUGCUGCCGAUUUUGUUCGGCGAGAAAGAGCAGGGGCAACCUUUCGUCUAUGGCGUCAUGACGACCAAAGGAAUCAUCAACGGCACUCCUGCGUAUCCCAUUCGCUCGAUUCGCUCAGACAAAUAUAAACUGAUCUGGAAUCUGAAUCACGAGGCCAAGUUCACGAACGCUUGUACAAAAUCGAAGGAGUUCCAAUCGAUGGUCGCAGCUGCGGAAGCAGGGGUUGAACGGGCGAAGUUACUUGUGCAGAGAUACCAGCAUCGCCCUCGUCUGGAGUUCUACGAUGUUGUCAACGAUCCGCUGGAGAUGAGGAACCUCGCUCAUGAUUCAAAGUAUCAAGCAGAGAUCCACCGACUGGAAGAGAAAUUAGAAGAGUGGAUGAAAUCACAAGGUGAUCAGGGUAUGGAAACAGAACAGGCAGCCAACUCUCACGUGCAGAAGAAACGUCAGCAGGGCAAGAAAGCGAAAUAG